ACAUCCUGAACCAGCCAAUCACAGCCGGGCCUGCUGCGGAAAUGCUCCAGUGAAGCACUGAUCAGACAUCAUCAUCCAGGACGUGUUUUCAAGUUUCACACAGAGUCGCAGGCGGCUGCGAUCAUCCAGAGCGGCUGUCUCCUCCGAGUAGACUUUACCCGAGCAGAGGGGACGAGAGCAGAGGAUCUACCCGAAGAGAGGCGAAGAUUUGUGGGAAGAAAGUCAACGAACACGACGGCUGAGUUGAUGUUUUUUGAAGGACCGAUCACAUGCGAUGAAAGACAUGGACAUCUUCACUGCUUCCUCUGACCGAGGCCUGUCAGACUUCGAGCUCAUUGAUGAAAUCAUCAAACAGGAUGGUGAGCAGUCGGCCGUCAGCCUCCCUCGACCUUGUCCCCCUCCCGCCGACCUCCUCCCCCAGGUGCCGCGCAGCCAGCACCUCAGGGUGCACCGACAGAGCUCCUCGCUGGCGUCACAGCCGGUGCUAGUGGCCAGAGGCACUGCACACCCGCCGACCUGCACCUUCUCUCCAUCCCUCCUGCGGCUCAACAAUCCCAGUGAGAUGGCGUCAGCUCCUCCUUCGCGGGCCGCCACCUCUCCAGCCGGCUCCUCUCGCUCAUGUCAAGGCAUUUCCUCUAAGAACCGGGACGACACCGACAUGCUGGACCGGAUUCUGGAGAAGCCCAGGCUGGUGGUGGUGGAGGAGCCCAAGGACAGAGGCAUGAGGUUUCGGUACGAGUGUGAAGGACGCUCCGCCGGCAGCAUCCUGGGGGUGUCCAGCACCGACACCAACAAGACUCAGCCUGCGAUUGAGAUCCAGGGUCCCAUUGAAUACAUAAAGAGGGUCACAGUCACUGUUUCCUUGGUGACGAAAGACCUCCCUCACCGGCCUCAUCCCCACUGCCUUGUGGGUAAAGACUGCCCGACUGGUUCAGGGAUCUGUGAGGUCUCGUUCAACCCUCACAGCAACCGGCGUCACAGCUUUGCCAACCUUGGCAUCCAGUGUGUGAGGAGGAAAGAACUUGACACUUCACUUCAGAAAAGAAGAAGCCAAAAUAUCGACCCCUUUCAAACUGGCCACACAAAGGGCAUUGAAGACCUGGACAUGAACGCUGUGCGUUUGUGUUUCCAGUGCGAGCUCGAGUGGGAGGAUGGCGGGAAGGACAGUCUCAGCCCUGUGGUGUCAACUACAAUUUAUGACAAGAAGGCCACGACUACAUCCCAGUUGAAGAUCACUUGUUUGAACCAGUACAGAGGCUCCUGCACGGGAAAGACCGAGAUCUACAUGUUGUGUGACAAAGUGCAGAAAGGUGAGAGGAAUUUAAUUUUUAUUUGUGUUCUCUAUCGGUUCUGGGGAACAGAAUGAGUCUCACACAGCAGAGUACAUUAGACAUGCUCUUCCUC